AUGGGCAGCUUACCGACAGAGAAGAAGAAACCAACACCCGUAUUCCUUUUUGCGCAUGGAUCUACCAUGAUGCUGGGAGAGGAGUCUGAGCCUGCACGUAUCUGGGAAAAUACUGGCAAUGAAUGUCUACGGCGCGGCGUCAAGCGUAUUGUCAUGAUGGGCGCUCAUUGGGACUCGCCCUACGAUACCGUCCGCGUCAGUAUGAAUCCAGAUGCAAAGAAAGACCCAGUGGGAAGCGUCACAGAAGCUCGAUACAUGCCGUACAAGAUGGUAGCGGAUCUUGAGGGCGGCGAACGUGUCAUCAACAUGCUACAAGCCGCGGGGAUUAACGCCCAAGCCGACCGCAAGUUCGAAUGGAUACACGACACAUUUCUCAUCGUCAUCCGCAUGUUUCCCCACUGUGUUCCGCUUCCCACAACAAUCGUGUCCAUGAACGCUCGAUACGACCCGCAUCUCCAUGCCAAAAUCGGAGCUGCUCUGCGGCCAUUGCGCUUCGAAGAUACACUCAUCAUCGGAAGCGGGGGGUCUGUCCACAACCUAUACCAAAACCAUUGGUAUCAAAUGCUUACGUACCGGGACAACUUUGCCCAGCCUGUGCCUCCGGGCGAUUGGGCUCUGGAGUUCCGGCAGUCAGUGGAGGAUGCUGUGACACAGAAUACGGGCCCAGCCCUGCGACGCGCUGCGACGAGACUUAUGAAGCAUCCUCGAUAUAAGGAGGCUCAUGGUACCGAUGAUCACUUCAUGGCUACCAUGUUUGUUGCCGGUGCAGCUGGGGAGGAGGACGACCAGGGUCCGAACACGUUUUUGGGUGAGUGUUGGGAGCUAGUCAACAUGUGCAAUAGUCAGUAUCAGCUUGGCAAUUGGGACUAG